UAAAAUAGAUGUUACGUCCUGUUAAUGGGGCACGUCAUCAUCGCGUACAUUUGGGAAAAACUCCCUAACGAGACCGGAGCAGACGGCUGAAAGUAGUUUAUUUAUUGGCCGCUAGGGUACAGAAUGUACGUCGCUCACCCGAAUUUUUCACGCAACUAUAGCUAAAUAGAGCUAGUUCUAGUUUGUGAUUCAAUUUGAUACUUCAGAUUUGGGCAGUAGACCAAUAUAACUUAGUCGUCUGUGUGGUUUUAAGCUGGAAAAACGUAUUUGUUUUUCUUAAAGUGCCUUUUUGGACGGGUGUGUGCGAUUGUUUUGUUUUUAUGUCACGUGACCUCGAUCAUGUCGACACAAAAUUGAAAUAAACCACCCUUUUCUGUCAUUAUUUAGGACGGAUAUUUCUCUGAUAAAAAUAUUAAUAUAAUUGGCCAAUUUCUUAGGCAUAUGAUGUAGCGAAUUCCCAUGAAGAUUUAAAUUAAUUUAAAUUAAUUUCAAGCAAUGGGAUAGCAACCACCACCGGAAGAUCGCGGAGAAAUCGGUAAACUCAACGGAGUUAAUUCAGAAAAAUACCAAAAAAAAUUGUUUGUUGGAUAUACAAUAUAGUUACUCUCUUUAUUUCACUUCAUUUACAUUAUAUACUCCCGCACACACGUGUAUCUUAAGAGCCCCUCCUAAGAGGGGGGCUUAUAAGACUCAAGAAUAUAUCGUGAGGGAUUGGAAUAACAUAACAUAAAAGUAGUACGGGUAGUGAAUGCUUCAUGAUAUGAUGAAUCAGACAACUAAAUGAAGAUGAGUGGGAGAGACUACAGAUCAUUUGUGACCAGUCGCAGGACUGAUGACCUGGAUAAACUAGUGAAGCGAGUCACUGGAGGUCUAUCCAGCGACAAGUACAAACCAGUCGACUAUGAGAAGCUGAAGAUGCUAACAGCAGAGAAGAAGUUUGCUGCCAAUAAAUCUCUUGUGAAAGUGCGGAAGAUUACAGAGUUCUCCAAACAGAGCAAAGAACAGAAUAUCAUCAAGCAACACAAAAAGGUCUGGCAAAAGGAAUUCAUAAGGUUAAAUGGGCAGAGACGUCGCCUCCAGGCUGAUACGGAGCUGUUCAGACAUCAAAACAUGGAAGGCGACUUGGAGUAUAUUAUGACAGGCUUUGAAGACUAUGAGAAUAUGCUGGACUCCAAUUUUAAUGAUUUUAAGGCUGCAACUGUUGACCCAGUCUGGAAUCUCAGGGAAGAUCUCCAGUUCUGGAUGGCAAAAUACCAGGAUGAGAUAAAGAAUGAAGAGCUGGCCGGGGAUAUUGAUAAGAUCAGGGCGACGACAAUGUCCGUACGGAACCAGCAGGAGCAGAUCAUGGAACAGCUUGAGAAUGAACAGUAUAAUUUGGAAAGAGAUAUUGCAGCUAUAGAUGAUAAAGAAGAAAUCGAGGUUGGGAUACCAAGAAAAAUGGCAACAGGCAUUCCAGAGGAGGCCUGGGACCAGGAAUGUCCAAGUGACGAUCUCAAAAGUCAAAUUCUCCAGGAAUUUAUUGUAAUCGAUGAAAAAUACAUCUCAAGAUUAGAUGAACUUUAUGACAAUCAUGAAAUGGUGCUUCAAGAUGUGACCGGUGGUUGGAACAAACAAGACCACUUUCAGUUCCGUUCGAUAGUUGAGCAGUAUACUUACGAUGUUGCCAAUAGGUGGACACUGUGUUUAGAUCGACUGAAGCGGCAUAUGCCUCAGUAUGGUAGAAGUGACUUUGUUGAACAUGAUGAAUGGUGGACAUUUUACAAAUAUUUCCACGAGCGACGGAGAGGCAUCAUCACCGAUUGGAUUCGUGACCGGCGAGAACUCCUGAAUAAAGCAAAGGGGAUUUUCGCCGAUGCUUGUGCUGCUGAGGAACUCCGAGAGCUGCAAGCAGAAACUCAUCAGCAGCAGAAGGAAAUAUGUGCUGCCCUCUAUGAGAAGGUCAAAGAAUGGCGAGAAACUAAAAUGGAGUUGAUGCGAUUAGAGCAGGAGUGGGAGGAACAGCGAAGGAAGGAAGAGCUUGAUAAACAGAGAGCUGAGCAGGAGAAAGAUAUGAAGAAGAGGAAGGAAGAAAAGGACAAGAUCCAGGUCUUCCAAGAUAAGAAGGAGAAGCGACGUCAGGCUGAGGAUGCCAGGAGAGCAAGGAGGAUGGAGGAGUUGAAAAAGAUGCUGGCGGACCAAGCGGAGUAUGAUAAAGAGAGGGUACUUUAUCGUGAAAAGGAAUACUUAGAAAAAGUGGAGGAGAGUUUAAGAAAGGAGCAGGCAGCAGCUGAAGCUGAGGAGGAGAAGGAGCAAAGGUUGGAGGCUCUCAGGAAAACAGUGAGAGUGGAGGCAGAAUCGAACCCUGAACGGCUGAUCGGAGACACGCAAUCAUGGCAAUUCCGUAAAAAGAAGGAAGAAGACUACCAGACUAUUCAACGCCCACUGUUCUCUAUUAACACAUUUGAAUCCAGUAAGAUAACUUCAGAUCCUCGAGUAAAACUGGAAAAUCGUCUUCGAGAAGCUGGACUCGUUCACUCGGAAUAUGCACGGCAAGUUAUUUCGACUAUGGCACCUCCACAACCGCCAAGAAGGGACAUGGAAUCGAGUGUAUUCAAACAAUAAUCAAAAUGUUGUUUGUGAUAUUGAGAAUAUUCUGGAUAAUCAUUACGGACAUGGUGGUCAUUCCACAGGAUAUUUCCUGUUUUUGACUCUAUGUAUAAUGACUAACAUUCCGUCCAACAAUUUAGGACCACUCUAUACACUGCUCUGUGCUAUGACAUUUUAUCUUCCUGAAGUUAUUGAGGCAUGUUGUUCUUGAAUGUUUUUAUUGCAAACUUGCAAUGUGCGAAAAGUCAAACUGUAAUGCAUCGACCAUUAAAUUUUGGCAGAAAAGACGAUAUUUGUGUUAGACUUCUUUUGAAUUUGUUUCCAUAAAAGUCUUCAAAUAACCUUGUAGCACGACCAAGUGUUUCUGUACACCCCACUGUCUUGGAGAGCUCUCACCAAUCCAACUAUGCAUUUGUUUAUGUGUUUAUGCUCUGUACAUUAUACUUGUACAUGAUAUGUACUUUUCUAUGUGGAUGUUUUUGUGAAUAAAA